UCGUGAAGACAUUUGUGCCACUGUUUUGGGUGUCUGUCAUUAAACCUCAGCUGCUGCACUGAACAUCUGGCUGUUACUCAAAAACUCAUUAGCCAUUGGGGAUGCACUUCUGAAAAGACACGCCCAUGCAAGAGGUGUGUGUCAGGCAGGGAGCUGGGAUCCAAGGUCCCAAAGCUGAAAGAGUCUGAUCCGUGCAGAAAGAAGCAAAGGGAACUGUAAACAAAGUUGUACGUUUUACUAUUGAUAUUGGCAGAAAUCUAAUUCCAUAGUUCAGUGUCAAAUCACAUCUGCCAGGAGAGGUGAUUGAAGUAACAGUAAAGUAAGAUUUAUAGAAGUGAAGAAACACACUGGGAGAAGAGGAAAAUACAAGCAGGAAAGAGCAGUCAGAGGAAACCAUCAGUAAUAUGGAUAAGCUGGAUGUAAAGUCUCGACCAGAACUGUUUGAUUUUCACGGAGUCUGCAUGACUCACUUUUACACAGACAACUGGGAGAACAUGCAAAGCUUUCACACCAGGCCUGAUGAUAUACUAAUUGCAACAUACCCCAAAGCGGGAACCACCUGGGUAACCUACAUUCUUGAACUGCUGAAUUUUGGUCAGACAGAAGCUCAGACAACCAUCCCUAUUUAUAAAAGGGUGCCUAUAUUGGAGGCCGCCUUCCCUAUUCUGCAGCAAGGAUUGGGGCCUUCUCCACCCAUGUACAAAGGAACAGACCAUCUGGACAACCUCGCUAUCUCUCCUCGAAUCAUUAAGACUCAUGUUCCAGUCCAGUUUCUGCCAAAAUCUUUUUGGGAGCAAAAGUCCAAGAUAGUCUACGUGGCCCGCAAUGCAAAGGACACUGUGGUGUCUUAUUUCCAUCUGGAACGCAUGACCACAUUGCACCCAGAGCCCGGAGACUGGAGCAACUACCUCCAGAGAUUCAUAGAGGGAAAGAUGGUGUUUGGAUCCUGGUUUGACCAUGUGAACGGCUGGUGGGAGAAGAAACAGACAUACUCUAAUAUCCAUUACAUGUUCUAUGAAGAUCUGAUUGAGGAUACAGGACGGGAAAUAGACAAACUCUGCUGCUUUCUGGGUUUGUCUCCUUCCGCUGAGGAGAAGGAAAUAAUCAUAGGCAAAGUGUCAUUUGAUGUUAUGAAAAACGACAACAUGGUCAACCGUUCAACAGUGAAAAAGUUUGAUUUCACGAAGUCUUCCUUCAUGAGGAAAGGGAAAGUUGGUGACUGGAAGAACCACUUCACUGUGACGCAGGAUGAAAAGUUUGAUGAGAACUACAAGCAGAAAAUGAAGAAUUCUACUCUGCAGUUUCGUACUGAAGUUUAGAGGCUGUGCACUGCUGUGCAUGUCCUGAACUGUGAUUUAUUUGAUAAUGAUGUUAUUUACUGAGUCAGAUGAUACAUUUGAUUGAUACAUAUAUUGUCUAAUUAGUGUGACAAUUCUUAUUGGGAUUUCAACUAAUGACUUUCAUGUUUAAUCCUUGUUGAAUCUCAUUUUACUGUGUUCAAAAAUCAGUGUUAUGCUAUUCCUUUUUCUGAACUUGUUUAGAUUGAGACUGUAUUUAAAUUGAUGCUGUACAUAACUGAGUGAAAUCAACAACAUCUCUUGGAAACAAUAUCAGUGUAUAUUUAACCAUUGUAAAGAAGAAUCACCCCCGUUCAGAAAUAAUUAUGUGAUAACAAAACACACACACACACACACACACACACACACACACACACACACACACACCCCACACACACACACACACACACACACACACACACACACUUUUUUUCCCAAUUUCAAAUGAUGUCCCUACAAGGAAACUUUGUCAACAUCUGUUUUAUCUAAAAAGAUCCAUUUCUCUGUUUGUUUACAUCACCCCAAUUUUAUUGCUGUAAAAUGGGAUUGUCAAUCAGACAAACUGACCAACACAUACAGUAUAUAACAAAAGAUUGAUACUUGGCACCUGUGUAUCAAUACAGUAUUGCCACUGAAAAAAAUUAUGCUACUAUGCUGUAUCAAUUUUUUCCCCACCUAUAUUAUUAAUAUUAAUUUUAUUUACACUGUCAAUUCAUAACACAAGUUGUAUUAGGGAACUUCUUUAUAUAGAGCAAAUCUAGACAUAACCUACUGUAGAUAAGGCAUUCUCAGUAGUUUUUGAUACCCUGCCUUCAUGAUGAUGGUAUACAGCAUUAUUAAUGAAAAAUGCCUGAAUGCAUUGAUCUUGUAUGUUUGCUGUCAAAAUAUCUGCUGUUAUCAAUGUGUUUAAAUCUAAAUCCCACAAUUUGAAGUAGAAAUAGGUAAUAAACAAAUGAGUUGCAUUUUUUUCAGUGCUUUGGAGGCCUAACUUAUUUCAGGAUACAAUGAGUAACAUAAUUCAAAUUUUCGAAACAUAAUAAAUGCAUAGCUGUUUGGGGCCCAAAAACACUCAAUCCGCUACGGACAGGCAUGUUUUAAAAGGGCACUGCACUAGCUGUGAAAUAGCCUACAUAAAAAGGAAUACACUAAUAAUAAACAGCAAUAAUAAUGAUAUGUUUUCUCAUUUUUAUUUGAAUCCAUACAUGAAAUGCAGCAAGGAAUACAAGAACUAAAGUUCAAUGAGCAAAGUAAACUAAUGAAUCUAACACUGUACUUCUGCAUUGUGACUACAGACUGGAUGCGGCACAUUGAUUUAUUUUCUAUGGCACGUACUGCGUUUAUGGAGGGGACAACACUAUGGGUGCUGGAGGAACCACCCUGGUUAUGAAGUAAAAGAGGUAACAGCAAGUACUGAUACAGUGAAAUCUUACGGGUUCUUAGGAAUGUCGACAACAACACAAGGCCAUUGUACUGUAAAUACUAACCAAGUCAAGCAUCUCACAUCACUGGGAGGUACAGCAAGUCACCCUGAGGUAACCGAAAAACAAGUCAUGGUAUGGCUCUCAUCAGGAACAACAAUAACACUCAGUUUUUAAAAACAGAAUACUUGAUAUAUCAUGUUGGAACAAAACUUUUCAAAUGUAAUUAAGGAGGAGGAGGAAACCACUGGGCCAGGAUCACCAAACAGAUUCAAGUUAAUUAAUAGACUAAAAUACGGUUACAUGUGAAGUGUUUUGUGUUUCUUUCUGAUACCUUUGUCGUCAUUUAAUGACAGAAU